CAGGUCGGCUCGGGUUUUGAACUUGGUUUCACUCACCUUUUUGAUACCGAUGAAGCUAGGAAUUAGGACAGUAGUAGAAAUCUGAAAAAGAAAAUAUAAAGUAAAACGCAUCAGUAAUGAGCUUAUCACUCAUCCAGUCCUAUUCUUCGGCGGAAGAAGAAGACGAACAACAACAAGAAGAUUACCGUUUCUCCUCAUCUGACGACGACGACGACGAUAAUCACCAUCUCUCCGAAGGUCGCCGUAUACUGUCCUACCAAUCAGUACUCGACCAAUCGGCAUCCUCUAAUCAAUCAUCCUCUGGUCUUCCCUCUGCAUUCAACGCCUUUUCCGAAAUCUCAGGACCACCCAAGUUUCUUAACCAUAGUGCUGAAGAACAACCGGGCUCUGCACGAGAUGUUGAAAAUCAAAUAGGAAGGCUAAAUGGCCGCUGGAGGAAGCGCAAGGACAACAAUGACUUACCUGUCGGUGCUGUGGUAGAGGCCAAGGCUCAACUAGUUGGAAUUCAUGAGCGGGUACGAAGUGAUAUUGAGGGUAACCAGCCUCCGGCUUCAUCAGCUCCAGGUGCAACACAGGAAGUAGGAAAGCGUGUGGCAACAGUGGCCAAUCCAAAUGCAGAAGAUGCAGCAGCACUACUGAGAAUGUGCUUGCAAUGUGGAAUACCAAAAACUUAUUCGAAUGCGCGUGGAAUGGUGUGUCCGGUGUGUGGGGACAGACCGCCUAAUGAAAUGAGCGAAGAUACGAAGAAGAAGGGUGGUAUUAUAAAGGAUAAGGAAAAGAGUAAAAGAAUGAAGGGACAAUCAUCUCAUGCUACUUGGAAAAGUGAGACAGAGAUGCAAUUAAGGCAGCAGUUUGAUUAGCAGAAUGCUUUUUUGGGUACUCUUUCAUGCUUCCCUGAACUUGCUUUGUUUUACAGAUCUUUAAUGUAUUAUUAGAACCCCUCGACCUUGGUCUUAAAACUAUUUAGGAGACUUAUUUAAAUAGAAAAUCACACAAUUAGCCCCUGUUUUAAAUGUGCAAAAAAUCUAACAAAAUUGAAUAAUUGAAGCGGUAAUUUCGAUUU